UCAUUUCGUACAUUCACAAAAAUAUCGAGUUUAUUAACACGUGUGGCGCAGUUUCGAUGUUUAUUUUUGAUAAUAUAUAUCAGAAAGCAGUGUGUUAAUAGCCUGUGUAAGGUUGAUUAAAACAUUUUGGUCAGUAUGCCUUGUUGUGGGUUAUUUUAUUACUGCCAGAGUUAUUGCCAUCAAGAGCUAAUGAGUUGUUGAAAGUUUUGUCAUGAAAAGAAAACACUGCUGUUGGUCUGGCAGGGUAUAUCUAAUAUAGUAUUUAAUUAUGGAUUCCAAAUAUACAUCAGUUGGACUUGAAAAAACAAAUGGUAUUAAGAGAAAAAAUAAUAUUGAUAACAUAAAGGUAAAAAGAAUAAAAUUAUCUAAAGAAAAUUCUAUAGCGGUGAGCACAAAUGGCCAUGCUUUCCACAUUAAAAACGGUGAAGAAAAGAGUAACAACAAUAAUAACAUAAGAAUUGUUCCUGAUGAAAAUUUACAAGAAGCACGAAGGAAGUUGCCAGUGUAUGCUGUGAGGGGAAGGUUGCUAGAGGAAAUAAGGAAGAACAACACAAUGAUUUUGAUAGGAGAGACAGGCAGUGGCAAGACAACUCAAAUUCCCCAGUUGAUUCAUGAGCAGAGGUUGGAGGGUGGGGGCUCCAUAGCAGUCACACAGCCACGCAGGGUUGCUGCCAUUACUAUUGCUCUUAGAGUUGCCGCUGAGAUGAAUACCGAGAUUGGGAGUAUUGUGGGGUAUUCUGUGAGAUUUGAAGAUGUAACCAGUCCUAGGACUAAAGUGAAAUAUCUGACAGAUGGUAUGCUACUUCGGGAAGCCAUAGUAGAUCCCUUACUCAAGAAAUAUACAGUAGUUAUAUUGGAUGAGGCACAUGAACGGACUGUUAGCACUGAUGUUCUUUUUGGUAUAGUCAAAUUGGCACAAAAAGAAAGGAUUGAAAAGAACUUGACACCAUUGAAGAUAAUUAUCAUGUCGGCUACAAUGGAUGUAGAUACAUUUAGAAAAUACUAUGACAACUGUCCUGUGGUUUACUUAGAAGGCCGCACAUACCCAGUAACUAUAUAUCAUUCUAAAAUGAAACAAGAGGAUUACCAAUAUGCUGCUGUUUGUACCAUAUUCCAACUUCAUGCAACUACACCAGCCAACCAAGAUUUCCUAGUGUUUUUGACUGGACAGGAAGAAAUUGAGACAGUCAUGUAUAAUAUUAAACAAAUUGCAAAGGAAGCACCUGGGCCUCAGAUAAGGGUCUGUCCCUUGUAUGCUGGACUGCCAGCAGCCAAGCAGCUCCAAGUUUGGAGGGAGACCCCUCCAGGAAUGAGGAAAAUCGUUUUGGCAACUAAUAUUGCUGAAGCAUCGGUUACUAUACCUCAAAUAAAGGUUGUCAUUGACACAGGUGUAGUCAAAGAAAGAACAUGGUGCACGGCCACGGGAGCCGAGCGCCUGCGCGUGGCGGCGUGCGCGCAGGCGGCGGCGUGGCAGCGCGCCGGCCGCGCGGGCCGCACGGCGCCCGGCGCCGCCUACCGGCUGUUCACCGCGGCUGACUUUGCCGCGCGCCCACCGCACAACACGCCUGAAAUUGUUAGAUGUCCCUUGGCACCAACAAUACUUCUGUUGAUAGCCGCGGGGAUGGAGCCGAGUACGUUUCCGCUUAUAGACGCACCUCCACAGGAUACUGUCAAGGCUUCUUUGAUUCUGCUAAAGGAAUUAGGUGCUAUAGACAGUGAGAUUAAUCCAAAGCUAACAGUGGUCGGCAGAAAGAUGUCUUCAUUUCCCAUCGACCCUAAAUAUUCUAAGGUGCUGUUGAUAGCACCGGAGUAUAAUUGCUUGGAUGAGGCUUUAAGUUUAGUAGCAGUUUUAUCCAGUGAAAACAUAUUUCACACGCCAAUGCAUAAGCGUGAAGAAGCUAUAAAAGUAAAACAGAAGUUUGUUUCGCCAUUGGGAGAUCACAUCACUUUGCUAAAUGUGUACAAAGCUUUUUGUAAAGCUCCUCUUAAAAAGCAAUGGUGUAAAGAGAAUUACUUGAAUCACAAGAACUUGACGUAUGCGAGUGAGAUCCGCCAGCAACUGUUAUCAAUUUGCCAACGGUUGAAUUUGACUGUGUCUACUUGUGGAACUGCCACUGAUCAGCUUUUGAAGUGUCUUCUAAGCGGUUUAUUCACGAACUGCGCGUGGUUGCGUGGCGGCGCAGGCGGCGGCUGCGGGCGCUAUGUGACAGCUGGCGGGGCUGCCGCCUCCUUACACCCUGCUGGAGUGCUUCAUGCACUUAGGCCUCCGCCCCCCGCCCUGCUGUACACCGAGCUGCUGACCACGCGCCGCACCUACCUCGUCACCUGCUCUGUCAUACAGCCGCAGUGGCUGCAUCAAGUCGCGCCCGACUACGCCAGGAGGUGUCGUGCCAAUCGGUGACCGUCAAGUUGUUACGUUCUGGUAGGUUACACUAUUUCAAUAGAAUUUCGUCAUAAUAACUGCACUAUGAGAUGCCAAUUUAUUAAUUAAGAUAGAUUUAUGUUACUACGGGUAAUUUUUGUUACGCGUGAAUGAAUGUCAAACAUUUUUGAGUUGUCACAUAGGAAAUAUCUAUUGAUAUUUUUUAAAGUUAUACAUGUGUGUGUAUAUUGUAGUUAUAUAGUCAUUACAGCUUUUAAUUGUGGAUAUAAAUGUUAGACAAUGCAUGUUUUGCUUAAGUUAUAAUUUCACUUUGUUAUUAUAGUUUUAGUUUCGUAUACAUAAUAUAAAUAAUAGGUAGUAAUCAUCGUCAUCUGUCUGAGCUAACGGGAGUUGUACCAAGUUGCACACAUUUGUUAUACAAAGAUUAAAUUUUACUAUUAAUUAAACUAUGUAUCACGGUAGCGAUUGAUGAAUGUGGAGGAAGCAAGAGAAGUGUGUCAGGAUCGAAGCAAAUGGAAUUCUAUAGUCUCUGCUUACCCCGGUGGGAAAUAGGCGUGAGUUUAUGUAUGUAUGUAUCACGGUAAGGAAAAUAAUAUCACCUUCUACAGAUAGACGAGUCGCAUACCGACGCCAGAUAAAAGCUUCGUCUCAUGGAGUCUUACAAAGUCUCCCUCCAUGAUGCUCCCGGGCCUAUAGAAGAACAUCGUCAGUCAUGUAGUCUUUGGGGAGUGACACGCGUGCGAUUGUGUCGUCAGCAAAAGGGUAGUUUCCAACUAGUCAAAUCAGUUACAUUUUACUAAUAAAACACGACUACUAUGGAAUUCUACGAAUUUGUAUGAAAAAGCAACCUGUGACGUCAUAGAAAAACGUGUCAAAAUGUCGCACUUAUUAUUACAUUUAUUUUAUUAUUAAAAUUCAUAUAUUUUUCUUUGUUUAAAUAUGUUUACCACUAAGGCAUGUACGGUCCCUACUACAUAUGUUGCGUAACAAUAUUGUACGUGCAGCCGGAAUUUUUCCUCCCAACUGACGUCGCUAUUGACGAGUCGCAAAGCGACGCCAGAUAAAGGUUUCGUCUCAGGGAGUGUUACAAAGCCUCCGUCACAAUAUUUUUAAUGGCAGGUGUUUUCACAUGUCUAGAUUAAUUCCUGGCUUUGCGUAACAUUGCAGAAAACUUGUAAAGGGUGCUUUAUUUGUUACAUUAUAUUAUGAGAUAGUCUAGUGUCGGUUUGAUCAACAUCAUAUCUGAAACUGUACUGUAAUUUUCGAUUAAUAACAUUGAGGUUAUUAGUUUUGAGGUCAUUUGUGUUGCGUGGUGCUCCUUCGAUACUUAACAUCGACUUUUUUAACUCUUAAUUCUUGGCUUUUUUAUAAAACAAAACCAGUCAUUAAUUUCAAAUGUUUUAUUGUCUAUCGACUUGGUUAUAUUUACACAAUGGCAAUGUACCCCAACAAGAUAAACUUCCCCAGGGUGGAAUCUUAUGGGUGUUUGUCAGUUUUUUACCCAAGUCCAACGUUUAAAAGAUAUUUCUUAUUUUAUGUAACACCUGUAAAGUAAAACAUUUAACAUAAUCUAUUAACACAUCAAAAUCUGUCGUUUAGCUGAUGCCAUCCGAAAAAUAAGAAGUAGUAUGUAUUUCUUUGCCUUUCCAUAAUACACACUUGUACUAGUUCCUGAGUCAUUUUAACAGAGAAAAGUGAAUAUAUAUUUUUAUAACUAAUUAUUUCGACGUUUUGUGCCAUUAUGAAUAGAAAAAUAUUGAAAAUUAUAUUAUAAUAAAUAAACAUUUUAUAACAGAUGUAUAAGUUGUUAGAUUUAAUACGAGAACUUAGUUUAAUGAAAUAUAAAAUGCUUUCUGUACUAAAAUAAUGUUUCUUAUCAGUCUUUUUAUGAUGAAAUGUAACUGUAUCAUUUUAACGUGCUGGAAGGAACGCUAGAUUGAAGGUACAACUUUAGAACCUAGGCUUCCCUGUACUAACUUAUGUAAAACCUUAUGUAUUUAUGAAUUAUUUUUAACAAAAAUACUGCAUUUUUUAUUUAAAUCGAAUUCGUGAACCCGUCGUGGUCCGAGUUUUAAACCCAACGUUCCUCCACUACGCGCAAUGUUUCCGCAUUUUACCUGAAAUAAAUAAAAAUAUGCAUAAGUAUUAUUAAGAUGAUGGUGCUGAUUCCAGCAAACACCUAAUUUUAUUUUAAGUUAUACUUGUCAUACCGAAAAGGAAUGGGACGGGCAAUGGACUGACCUUAAAAUUUAUGGAGCAUGACAGUAUUAGGGAGAAAACUUAACAGAACAACUUGACAACACUUUCAACAUUUUAAUGAUUUCUUGAACGCUAUACCUUAUGCUGAACUUAUGCUGAGUCGGUUCCUUUUUCACAGUUGUGUCACAUUACUCAAAAAAUCUACUUCUUACAAAAUAUAUUGUACAACUAACAAUCUAUGUAACUAAAUUUAAGAUUGUAGUGUGACAUAAUUGGUUGAAUAAAUGAUUUUUCUUUCUUUCUUUCUUUCUAUACAAUUGAAUUGAUAGGAUAUGUCAAACGGGUUGCAUACCAGCGAGAUGCCUUUUUGAGACAUCCGAGUUAUUGUUACAUUCACAGAUUUAUUUUAAAGUUUACAACUGUCAAUCAUCCGUCCCUUUCGUUUUUGGCGGAUAAGAAAAUGACAGGUAUAACAGAAAAUAAAUUAAGAAGUGUCUGUUGGAAUCAGCACCAAUUUGUUAAAGUUGUUAGUAUGUAAUUAUAAUAUUUUAAGAAAUCGAUUGUGAAAAGGUGCUAACGUUAUAUGUUGUAAAUAAAAAUGCAAUUUAAGCUUCAAUACAUUAUUUUGUUAGGAAUUGUUUAACAUAAGAGUAUGUUAUGUGUCAACGGUACAUUAAUAAAGAUUUAAUUGUAA